CGUCACUGGCGAUCUCGCGUUCGCCCACCGAAGCACUUUCGAAGAGAGAUGCGCCCAACUUUCUCCCCAGUGUGCAGCUGUUUGGCGCAAAGCGAAGUUCAGCCGAGGACCUGCGAGCCGUCGAUUGCGCGCCCGUGCGUGAGAAGGCUCGAGACACCAUGAAGAACUUAGCUACCGCAUCGUCCAGCUGCUGCGUUGACGAGACGUUUAGGAACCGGCCCGCUUCCAGAAGACCACCCCAAGAACAGAAGCUCUUUCACGAAAUCAUCCACGCACGACUACUUGCGUGGUACAGCGUGGAUUGUGUUUUAUAGCGAAUCUACCUGUUCGAACUCCUUCGUGAUGUCUUCUCCCACGACAACGACGCCUUUUCGCCGUUUUCGAGGGAUAGAAGAGUGAGCGGCGUUCGUUCAAAUCGCAACGGAUUGCAUCGCCGUCUCCGAUUGCAAGCGGGACCGUCGCAGGAAGCGAUCGAGUGGCAACGGUUUACGGUUUUACGAGUGUGAUAUGGAGGACCCGAUGGCCCCGAUUCGUCGAGUGCACCUACGAUAGGAACCUUCUGCGCGAAGCUCUGAAACGACUAGUCUUGGAAACGUGUUCAGCGUAUGCGACCAAAGAUGCAUUCGAUAGCGGCUCGCCUGAUCGUCUACUCCCUCUUUGUGUUCGGCGUGUUUGUGAUAAUCUGGUGCAAUCUGUCGGGAGCUCCCCCGAAGUACAACAGGCACCAAGUGCUGUCGAACUUGUCGCCGUUAUCGUCGAUAGCGCCUCUCAUCGUGACGGUGAGACAGACCACUACCACCACCACCAUCACCGACGCGGCGGCGUCCGCUGCUUGCGAGGCCGCGCGAACUCCCGCUGCUCUUCACAGGCCGGUGGACGUUGUGUUCGUGGCCAAGUGGGCGUAUCGGAACAUGAAGGUGACGCGAAUCAUGAGCCACUGCUUGAAGAGCAUGCUGGCGCACACGAAGAGUUCAGUUCGCUUCCACGUGCUCGCCGACCCUCAGAGUUAUUUGAGACUCAGCCGAACGCUGGGCAGCAUCCAAGAGGAGUCGAAAAGAAAGUUUCAGUUCUUUCUCUACAACAUAACGGCCGUGGAAGCGGGCAACCGGGACGUGAUCGAGCUCAUGCGGCUGCUUUUUUUCACCAAAGACGUUGGCCGCUACAACGACGACAUGUUCUUCAUCACCGAGAUCUUUCACCGCGUGUUUGACGUACCGCGCAUUCUGUUCAUCGACCUGGACCUCGAGUUCGAAGAGGACGUGGCGAAGCUGUACGCGCACUUCGACUGCUUCGAGAGCGAGACGCUGAUCGGCAUCGGGCACGACCUGCAGCCGCAGUACCGAGUCGACUUCCAGUCGUACAUCGACGCGCACCCCGGUACGGACGUGGGCCUGCCGAGGCCCGGAAAGCAGGGCUUCAACACGGGAGUCAUGCUCAUGGACUUGGCCGCGAUGCGGGCGUCCAGGCUUUACAACGAGCUGCUCACCUACGAGAAGCUGGCGCCGAUCUGCGCCAAGUACGGCUUCAAGGGGUCGCUGGGACACCAGGACUUCUUCACGCUCGUCGGCAUGGAGUACCCCGAGCUGUUCUUCGUGCUGGACUGCACGUGGAACCGACAGUUGGACACGGGUUGGUCGCACACCGUGAAUAAGACGACGUUCGACGCGUACCACAGGUGUCCCGGGAAAGUGCGGAUCUAUCAUGCCAACGGUGGUGCAAGGUUGCCCGAACCUGGGAGCGUGGACGCCUCGGGAACCAAGAUGCGCAAGAGAAAGAAGAUUCCUUUGCACCUGUACCCAAGCUUUCCGAGCUUCACGACUCCAGAGGGCCGUCAGUGACUGCACGACCCGUGUGUGCCCAUGUAUAUAGUAAUGCAGACUUCCCGUGCUCCCGCGUCACAAUAUGAUAGCAACCCCCAUUCGUCUGGGGCUAGUCUGAAUACAAAACGUGUUUCUAUAAGUGUUGUCUGCACGUAACCGUAAGGCUAUGGACGAAUGCAGAAUGUUGUGUUCCUAUUGAUGGUACGAAGGGUGUUAAACAGGACUUGUAUCAAGAUCGCGCAACAACAGCAACACUGCCAACGGUCGCUUUGCUUUACGCAACCUUUAUUUUCUAUUACUAUAGUUUCACAUCACUGCGUAUGGCACACGGUAAUAAAUGUACUUAACACCGGCGCAUCCGGUGACCCCCGAGAAGAAGGAAGUGCAUGGCUGUCUUGUGUGAAGCAGAGCGCUUGUAGUUCCUCGUAAAAUGCUUACGAAGCGAUCUGAUUAUUUGAGCUCAGCGUACACGGUGCACGUUAUAAAGCGUCACAUACAUUUGAAACAAUGACUUGUAUUGGUCAUUGUGCAGUGUUCCUUAACACUCUUCAAGCCGAGCCGCACCUACGUUAUUCUGACGCUGGAUAGACUUCGUAUAAGUUGACGCACAUAUGUGAAUACAUCUCCGUGAGUCCUACAAACACAAUUUGUUUUUGAGCGAGAAAACAUGAUGUUCUAGUAGUGUGCAUUGUCGGAUGAAAAUUCUGCUGACGAAAAAAAAAAGGGAGGGGGCUAAAAUAACAUGUCUCUUCUUCAAGAGUGAUGGAAAAUUGGGGGAAAUGGCUUGAAAUAUUGAUUUGCUCAAUAAAGUGACACAUGCGACCUUUUCACUACUCGUGAACUGCUGCGGUCUCAGAAAACACGACGAAAUUCGAUUAUCAGCAGAACUCUUUUUUUUAUUUGACAUUUGUGAACAGUCAAAAAUUCUGUACAUGGUUUGGAAGCGAGACAGACAAAACUUUUUAAAGAGAAGCUAUGUACUCCACACCCUGACACAGUGAUCGCGGCGUCCAAGUUUUCCCAUGCAGGUAAGCAACGGCAAAAGUGGGAACAAGGUGAUGCUUCGCUUCGUUCAACUUGGCGUCUCGCAGCCCAAACUUAUAAGAUGGGAUCACAAAAGAAA